AUGCUAUAAGAACAACCUAAAGAAAUGGCAUAAGUAGUUUCAAUUGCUGAAAAUGCAUAAUUCUUCAGAUUGAUAUAAAACUCUAGAACAAAGGUUUUCUAAGGCACUGUAAAGUUGGCCUAAUUUUAAGAUUCAAAAACUCAUUUCAUUACUAUAGAGAGAUUCUGUCAGAAUAUUGUUCCUGGUACUCCUUUUGUAUACUUAUCAUCUGAAUCUGGAUUGACACUUAUUUUCCCUCAUAUAGACUAAGGUAAUAGAUUAAAACCACAAUAUGUUUUAGGUUUAAAUGGAAUCUUUAUUCCACAAAGUGACUUAUUAAAUGUAUUCCACACAGCCUUAAAUACUGUAGUUUCAAUGGUCCCAUUUGAUUAAGCUAUGUAAAUACAAUAAUUUAAAGACACAAUCGAAUUACAUUGUAAAGAUAUUGCUACUAAUCCUUUAAAUAAUCCUAAUGAUGCUGCAUCAUAUAUUGUGAAGGGUGGAGAGUAAAAAUUUAGUUAUUAUAUUCCUCUAGUUAUCUAAAGAAAGGAUUUAUGUUUUUGGGAACAAUGAUGGCAACAGGAAUAAAUAAAGGAACUUAAUAUUUGAAUGAUAAAAUUUAGCCAGGUUAAGAAGUUUAAGUUGAUCCAAAUACAAAAACUAAAUUUUAAUCAGCAAAAGAGAAAGUUAAUGUAGCCUUUGAUGUUACAGGACAAUAUCUAGGAUAAUUAUUUAAACCAGUUGCAGAGAAGACUAAAGAAUUAACAAAUGAAUUAGGACAUAAAAUAGAUAAUUCAGAUAGCAACAGUAAAUAUAAAUUUAAAUUUAAUUCUUAGUUUUAAAGUAAAGUAAACAAUUAACAGCAGCUACUUGGGAUGCAGCAGGAACAGCUCUAUCAGGAUUAGGCACAGCCUUAUGUUAAGUAGGAAGUUCUAUUGGUAAUGGAACAAAAUAAAUAGUUUAAAAGAAAUAUGGAACUGAAGUUGUUAAUACUUAUUUAGGUGGUGAUUAACAAUAACAAUAACUACAAUAAUAAUAAUAAUAGUAGUAGGAUUUAUAUUAACCUUUGAUUGAAGAAUAACCAGCACCUUCUUCAUGA